AUGGCCAAAAUACAACCUCUAGGUGCUCAAAAAGAUGUGGCCGACGAGCCUGCAUCGUUGAACAAACAUCACAAUGAAGAAGAUGACUUGCUACUCGAUGAAGACGAUGACAAGGAAAGUCUUUCUUCCAACCAAAAGAACAAAGUCUCCUCAUUCCAUCUCUCCAUUCGUUUCUGUCUCAUCUUUCUCGUUUGUUCCUUAAUCAUGUGCAGCAUUGUCGUGUUGAGUGCAACAUGGCUGUCAAGUUUUAGUCCUACCAUUACUGAACUCAGUUCCAGAGUGAGAGAUUAUGAAUUUUUAUCAGUCGUGGAUUAUGCCAAUCAAACAUUGAGAGAAAUUGCUAUUUCGAGUGAGAUGAUUGCUGGACAAUUAGGAUUUUCUUAUAAUUUUCGUGAUUAUAGUUAUACAGAAACAGUGGUGUAUCGUGCCUUUGUGUCAGAGAAGAAACAUCAUGACGGUGUAGUGACCACUACGUACACGUGUAAUGCCUUUCAGGAAUGUAUUGGAGUGAUUGAUUAUGGAGGCGUUCCACUCUUCAUUAACACGAGUUUGGAGUACAAUACGCAGUAUUUGUAUACGUGUCAUGGUUUAACGACGGAUUAUUGUAACAGAAGUUCAAUACCAGAUGAUGUUACGCCUCCAUUUGAUUUUACCUACUUGACAAGUGUGUGUAAUGCAAAUCCUGGCCGACAGGUCUAUUCCUUGUCAUAUGCAGAUCCAACGGUACCUGAUAUGGUAUUUGUGACCUUGUUGAAUUGUCGACCUAAAAUGAAAGAGAAUGGAAAAUCAAAUCAAUUUGAUUAUUUUUAUGCGUUGGAUUUGACGACUGACACCAUUUCAGCAUUCCUUAAACAAGCAUCGAAAAAGAUUAAGGCAUCUGUUGGAUUUAUUGUCGAGGUGGAAACUGAACAAUUAAUUGCAGUGGAUGGUGAUGUUAAAAUCUCCAAAUGGGACGACAAAGGAACGACACUACUGAGAUCCACUCCUCUCACAGUCGAAGAUCCCAAAAUUCAACGAGAUGCCAAACUCAUUCUCGAAAAGUACUCGAACUGGAAGUCUAUCGAAAAGAAUACCUUAAUCGCAUUAACUAGUGCUGAAAAUUACAUUCUCGUCUAUCAUCUCGUGACAGAUUCUCAAAUCGAUUGGAUUCUCGUCUUAUCUGUCCCCAUAUGGAACUAUGCUGGUUCUACAGCCAUUGCAAUCAUUGCUUCAGUGAUCGGCUCCUUACUCGUUGUUUCAGUAGGAAUGGUGGUUGGAGUGUUAGUGUCUCUCCGCAUUGUCAAACCGUUCUACAAUUUAAUUUUACUAUUUAGACAAAUUUCACAAAUGAAUUUGGAAAAUAUUGUCCUUACAAACAGCUCCUUCUCAGAAGUUAAGGAAUUACAACAACAAUUUAUGGACAUGGUGAAAAAGAUCAAAAUGUAUCGAGCAUUCAUUCCAUCUCAUUUAUUGUUAGAAUUGGAUACUGGAGAAGGUGGAGAACAUGAAGAUGUGAAAACUGAGGGUCCUCGUGGCAUGCAACAAGAACAUGCUUCUUCUGUCGGAGAUUCUUUGAAACAUAUUAAUCAUGCAAGUCAUGGACGUCGAUCGAGCGUUGCCUCUUCCUCAGCUCCUGGUAUUGGAGGUGGUUAUUCGAGUUCUAGAGGCUCUUCCUCAUCUCGGCAGAGUUCAGAUCGACAAUUAGUGGAACGAACUCAAACUUUUAGAAAGAGAGCGGCUAAUUUUGGAAACAAGUUUUCACUACAUUUGGAAAUGAAGAGAAUUUCGUUGAUGAAUGUGCAUAUCGAUGGUUUGAAUGAGUUUGUGUCGUUUUUCCCACCGGAACUUGUCGUUCAAAUGUUGAGUGAUAUCUUUGAACAAGUUCAAACCAUUUCGAGACAAUUCACUUGUCAAAUGUUAUCCUUUGAAGGUGGUUCUAUUACUUUGGCGUUUAAUGCUUCCAGUCAUCAAGCAAAUCAUGAGUUGAAAGCCAAUAAGGCAGCCUUACAAUUUUCAGCCAAAACUAAAACGAUUAAGGAACAGAAAUGGCGUCGCUUGCCAAUAUAUUCUAGAAAUCCAACACUCAUUGACAGCAUGUCACUAAUUUUUGCAAUUUGUGGACAACAAAGUUUGGCAGGAAAUGUUGGAACCAAAGAUUCGAAGAAUUUCAGUGUGUUGAGUAGUGCCAGAUACAAUUUAGAACAGCUCACAAAAUUAGCUCGAUUUAUGCAAAUUCCAAUUGUCGUGACGGAUGGCAUUCAAAAAUCGACAGAAGGUUCCUUUAUUACAAGAUUUAUUGAUACUUUGGAAUUGACACCAGAACAACCACCUUUGACGUCAAAUGUCAAUUCAAGUCUCAUCACUUCACCACAACUUGUUGACCAUCCAAGUUAUUAUCCAUGUGACGUUCAUGAAUUAUUACAUGAUGCAAGUAAUGAAGUUGCUGACGAGUGGAUGUAUGAAUUAGAGGCAAAGAAGGGUCAAGCUCAAUAUUUGAAUUACAACGAAGGUGUGAAAUUACUGAAAGAAGGAGAACAUGCAAAAGCAUUGGAAAUAUUUGAAAACUUCCUCGUACAUCAUCCACAAGACAAACCAACAUUGGUUCUUAUUGAAAAGUGUCAAAAGAUUUUAGAUCAUCUAUGA